UGACGCAAUCUAAGUAUGUCGAACGUCGCGCGUUAGUGACGUCACAGAGAGGAAACGUGUGUAGCGCAUUAGGAUUAAAAACACGAACUGUCCACGAUCAGGAAACAUGGGGAAGAAUAAACAAAAAGGGAAGAAACAGAAGAACGUCUUUCGAGUGGCGAACAAGCAGUCGAAGAACAAGAACAAAACCAAACCCGUCACGACGACACUCAAACACAUCAAUGCGGUGAAAAAUGAGAAGGUGGAGAGCCUCAAUCAAAUGUUUACACAAGUCCAGAGGGACGUUCAGAGCGUUUCCAAGUCUGUUGCUCCAGAACCAAAGAAACAAACACAGGUCGUCAGGGAGCCGCCUAAAGAAUCUGUAAAUGUGGACAAUGCUGCUCAGCUUUUCUCUCAGCUGUGAUGGUCCCAGAGAAAAGGACUGUGAUGAAUUACAUUCAUGGAAGAGUUGAGCCGCUUCUCUUUGCUCAUUUUCAGUUUUUGAAGUCAGGUCUCAGAGGAGCUGCUGGUUUACUUCCAGUGUAAUUUGGCUUUUUCAUGCCAACACAGACUCUGCAGACGAGUCUGAAAAGAGAAGAGGUGCGGUUUAAUUUAAUCAUCCUGUGUUUCCUGUGCGAAGAAUUCACUUAACGAGUCUGAGUAUUAGUGAUAUUGUUUCAGAAUUACAUUAUUGCUUUAUUAGUGCUGCAGUUAAUGAUAAUUUUCUUGAUUAAUUCACGACUUGCUUUGUUUAUAAAUCAUCAGAAAAUAUUGAAAUAAAUGCUCAGUAUAAAAUCCCAGAGCCCAAAUGGAUUAUCGUCAAGCUAGGUUUUUUUUUAGGUCAACAGCCUCAAACCAAAUAAAUAUUCCCCUAACUGUCAAAUAUAAGAAAUCAAAAGGCAGAAGAAUCUUCACAUUUGAAACAGAUGCAAUUAGUGAAUGAAAUAAUUCAUCUGCUGAGAAACGAAUUUCCGUGUUAUUUUCUGUCGAUGUUCAUUUGUUCUAUCCUCGUCAGACAGUGUUGAUAUGUUUGCCAUCAUAUUGAAUCUUUAUGUAAUUAAAGGCUAUUUGUAGA